AGACAAAGCUUCUCAAAACCCCAUGGAUGAUUCAUAGUUCUUCUCUCUCUCUCUCUCUCUCUCUCUCUUCUCUCUCUCUCUCCUACUUAAUCAAGUGUAGAAGAGACCCUCAAGAAAAGUUUGUACAAGGACCUCUUCAAGAGCUCCCAAGAAAAAAAAGGAAAAGUGAAAGUGAAAGACAAACCAAAAGGGGGAGUUGAGAAAGUGAAAGAGGAGGAGACAUUGAUUAUCAAUCUUUCAACUUGAGAGGGUAAAGAAAAAGGGAUUCAAAAAGCUAGCUAUGAAUCAAGGAGUUGUACAGAGCUCACCGGUGCAGCAGAUGGUGGCUUCCGGCAGCCCCACCUGGUGGAACAUCAACAGCAUGAGGCCUCCCCCCCACUACCAUCAACACCACUCUUUCUUGGCUGCUCCGCCGCACCAUCACUUCCCUCAUCAUCUAACACCACCGCUCCUUGCUACUUCCUCAUGGAAUGAUUCCCAGGAGCUCCCUGAAUCAUGGAGCCAACUACUCCUAGGAGGAUUAGUUGGCGAGGAAGACAAGCCUGGUUUGAGCCAUAUGCAGGCUAAGAAGCUGGAGAAUUGGGAGCAACAACUCCUGAAUCACACCUCAAACAGCUGCGCCGUAGAUACCUUAAAGCAAGAAACCUCGGCAAGUUCCUACACGUACGGCCCUGGAAAUGUGGAAUUCCAGUCCGCAAAACCCACUAACUGCUGGUCGCAUCAGAUUGUUUCUGCUUCAUCUCCCAAGUCAUGUGUUACCACUUUGAGCAAUAACAUGCUCGAUUUCUCUCCGAAAUCCUCAGAUUUGAAGCACCCACACCAAGAUCCUUCAUCUGAGUGCAACAGCAGCAUGGUCACAGGUGGGGCAGCCAAGAAAGCCAGAAUUCAACCUUCUUCAGCCCAGUCUACAUUCAAGGUGAGGAAAGAAAAACUGGGCGACAGAAUUACAGCCCUCCACCAGCUUGUUUCCCCAUUUGGCAAGACUGACACAGCUUCUGUCCUGUUAGAAGCUAUUGGAUACAUUAGAUUCCUUCAGAGUCAAAUUGAGGCCCUAAGUCUGCCGUACUUGGGCAGUGGAUCUGGAACCACGAGGCAACAACACCCUGUUCAAGGGGAGAGGAAUUGUUUAUUUCCAGAGGACUCUGGCCAGCUGAUGAAUGAAAACUGCAUAAAGAGGAAAGGAAUAUCUGAGGAAUGUGAUGAAGAAGCAAAGAAGGAUUUGAGGAGUAGAGGGCUGUGCCUGGUUCCAAUAUCUUGCACACUUCACGUGGGGAGUGACAAUGGAGCUGAUUACUGGGCUCCAGCGUUUGGUGCAAACUUUCGAUAAAAACUAAUGAUGAGAGAAUGCACACCAGAAAACUGUCAUAAGAAAUGAUAUAACAUCACGAGCAGUCAAUCUGCUAAAGAAAAUCGAAGGCUGACUGCUUCUGAUGCUAUGCGUUUUCUUCAGAUUAUAUGUGCGUAGAACUUAACUAGCAGCUUCAAUUAAUGUCAUUAAUUCGAAUUCGUGUGAGCUCCUCACCAUGAACAUAUAUUAGUUAAUUCAAUUCGAAUUUGAGUUCGACGUGCUGACAAUAUCA